CAACACAACUAGUGCCAGUUCCUUCGCAGCAUUUGCGGCUUCCACGACCAAACAUGGCCGCAGAUGCGUCGAAGUUCGUUCUUCCCGGUUCACCUAAUUGGUACUGUAGUACUGUGGCGGACUGUAGUUUGAGUAAGAUAUAUGCAUUUGGUGCCAGAAACUGUGUUUAUCUGUUAGACGUGAGUUCGGCGACGCCUGUAUUUGAGGGUCAGCUGGUCGGCCAUGCUGAACGGGUGACGAGCGUUAGUUUUACCAAACACAAGCUUCAUGCGAGUUUUCUAGCGAGCGGCUCGGACGAUAAAACAGUAAAAGUCUGGGACUUGGAGACGAAGCUCGCACUAUUGGAGCACAAGGCACAUAACGCAAAAGUCACCUGCCUUACCUGGUCCCCUCUGGUUACAGAUCUUAUCAUUUCAGGUGAUGAGAAAGGACAGAUUGUUGCAUGGAGAUAUACUGAAGAGCUAUUGUUUAGUGGCUGUCACAUCCAGGAGCAUAUCCUCUCCAUAGCACUUUCCUAUCUUUCAGAAAACGAACUAGCUGUUGGGUAUAAAAGUGGACUGAUAGCUGUGUUAAAUGUUAAUGCAAAUGAUGGAAGGAUAUCCAUGGUGAACAAGCUACAGGGACAUUCCAGUGAAAUUCACAGUCUUGCCUGGUGUCCAACUCCUAAUGACCACAUUGAGUUUGGUCCACUACAAGAAAAGACUGCAGCUGCUGAAGGCCACCUUAUACUGUCUGGCUCCAGGGACCAGACAGUAAGGUUAUGGGAUGCAUUUCAUGGUAAAGUACUGUCUGUCAAACAGCUGCCAAAGAGAUCAUCACGCAAAGACAAGUACGAUUCUUAUGGUCCUAGGGACAGGUUGUGGCUCAGUGUCUGCUGGCCUGUAGCAUCACCAGGUCAUGUUAUUUCUAGCAGCCAAGGUGGUGAACUUUUGUUGUGGGAUUUAAGCAAAGAAGGAAAAGACCAACACCAAACCUUUGGCAUGGGUCACUCCAGAAUUGUGUUUAAUAUUAGCUGCGAUAUCGCUGGCAGUAGAAUCAUGACAGUUUCUUUGGACAGACAGAUUAUAAUCUGGGAUCCUCAACAUUUGCGAAGUCUCCAUACCUUACCCACCUUGGGUGGUUUUGCCUACUCCCUAGCUAUCUCCCCCUUGGAUCCUGGUACAUUAGGAAUAGGGGUUGGGGAUAACAUGCUUCGGGUUUGGCAAACAGCUUCAUCUGUGGGACCUUAUGAAGCUUUGGUCUUGUGGCAAGGAAUCAAGUCAAAAGUAAUGGUGGUAAAAUGGCAUCCAAGCAAGGAAGGACUUGUUGCUUUUGGAGCAGAUGAUGGGCAAGUUGGAGUUUAUAAUAUCAUCUCUAAAAGGGCUGAGAGUUCUUCAACAUAUCACAAGAAGACAGUGUAUUCUCUAUCUUGGGGUCCUCCUUGUCCCAAAGCAGCGGACAGUAGCACACUUAAUGUGUACAGCUGUGCAGGAGACGGGAGUGUCCUUCAACACAGGGCUGGACAUUUCAUGGAUGAUGCUGUGGAUGUAAAUGCCCUGAUCUUGAAGACAAAUGACCUCAAACACAAGCCGUUUGGUCGAACAGAUGUGUCUUGGAACCCAGAUGGUUCUGUGCUAGCCCUUGGCAAUGAAGAUGGGUCAAUCGAAGUGUAUGUACCGCCAGACUUGCUGCAAAUCGGGAUUAUCAUCACACACAAGAAAAGCAUUACCACCCUUGUGUGGCAUCAUGGCUACGGAGAAGUCACUACAGAAGCUAAUAGUACAGAUAGUUGUAGCUGUAAGUACUGGUUGGCUUCGGGAUCUAAUGAGUCUACAAUUCACGUCCAUGAUCUUGCCAGUAUGUUAGGUGAUUCGUCCAGCUCGUCAUCACGCUCAGCUCCCAUUACGGAGAGUUUUCGUCAGCUGGCAGGUCACUCAGGCAGAGUCACAGAUUUGAGCUGGAGUCCUCAUCAGUUUGAACUUCUUCUCUCUUCCUCUUAUGAUGGAACUGCCCAGAUCUGGGAUGUGGUUAAAGGAGAAGCCCUGUUCAAUUUCCGUGGCCACAGCAGCCGUGUGAUGUGUGUAGUGUGGAGUUAUCUUGAUCCUGACUUGGCGUACAGUGGAGGCGAGGAUGGAACCGUGCGCCCCUGGAGACCUUCACUGCAACAACAUCGACAGCCACCGAUUUCAGAGAAAAAACUAAGCCAUUCGUCUGGAAAGUCGUCUAAGAACAAGAAGAGCAAACAAAAAGGAAAAGGAAAGGCAGAUUCCACCGAGAAGGAAUCAUGGCGGCAAGAGACAGUGUCCAAACUUGAACAGAGUGCUGUAGGUGUAAAGCCAGCUACUGAGACUCCCAGUGAGUACUGCAAUGAAGCAGAAUCAACCUCACUUAACCAAAGUACAGAACCUAAACAAGGAUCAGACACGGUUACAGAUCAAGAGGAACAGAUCUUGAAACCCAAGGAUGUGAUAACCGAGCACGCAGUGGCGGUGAUAGAACCUGAUGAAGGAAAUGAGUGCGGCAGGGGAAUGGAGCCGAAAGCGGAAAUGACGUCAGAGAAUGAGGCGAAUCUUGUUGACACGUGCAGGGCGAGUGAGAAGGCAAAUUCGGAUGUCGUCUUUAACCAAGAACCAGUUGUUCCAUUGCGGUCCAGAGUGACUCUGGAGACAGCCUCAUCUUCCAAGAAAAAGAGAAAAGUCAAAUCCAUGUUUCCACUUUCUGCUGUCGCGGACAGCAAAUCAAAAACAGUGACACGAGAAGAAUGCAUUGAACUGGCCAAGAUGAUUUAUGGUCAGAAACGCGACACUGCAAAAAUCUCUGCUGACUCGGCUUCACACGGGGCAGCUGAAUCUGAAGGACUCGUCAACCUCGGGCUGUUCGCUGACAGGCGUAGCGCUUACAGAAUGUUUUCGACAGAGGGUCAGCACCAUAAGGAGAGUGGUAACCUUGAUUACAAGCUUCAGUUAGAGAUCUGGAAAGGAAACCUGGGCGGAGCGCUUGAAAUGGCGGCUAACAGCAAGCAGCUCACAGAAUGGCUUGUUUCUCUCAGUCCUCUUGCUGGACGAGACGUGUGGCUGGCUACCACGCGGGCGUUUGCUGACCAGCUUGAAUCGCACGGUCAGCAUCAACGUGCUGUACUGUAUUACUUGGCUUGCCAUGACAUAUACAAAGCUAUUGAUGUGUUCAAGAAGCAAGCUAUGUAUAGGGAAGCGAUCGCAUUGGCUAAGGUGCGACUUUCACCAUUAGACCCAGUACUUUUCGACUUGUACAGCACCUGGGCCAGAAAGCUAGAGACAGAUAAUUCCUUUGAGCAAGCCGCCAAAUGUUACUUGGCAGUUCAUUCAUCGGCUGAUGCAGUAAGGGUGUUGUGUCGUCGCGGAGACCAGCCUUCUCUCAGGACUGCACUUCAGGUUGCAUCAAUUUGUGGUGAACCUGAGCUUGCCAGCUCUCUGGCUCUCCGCCUUACGCAUUCUUAUUUGGUGACUGCAAACUGGCAAGGGUGUCAUGAAAUUUUGAAAGAGUUUGCUGGAGUUGAGGCUCACAUGUUGAAUGUUUGUGUCCAUGAACUUUUACUCGUGACGCUCAUCCAACAGCAAGCAAUCGACCAACCCGAAUGUGAAGACGGCGCACGAACCGAGAUAAGUUCCUUUCUUAACAGCCGCUCAAAUACGAAUCAACCAUGGGGAAAAUAUUCUUAUUUUGAUGUAACCAGCGGUGCCUCGCCUUGGAUGGCCAACAACAAUUCCAACAAGUGGUUUGUUCUGUGUGCUAUAGAGGCUUGGUAUCAUUCUGGCGCCUUUAGGCCUGACUUGGUAGCUACUCUGUAUGAAACACUCAAAAGCUAUUAUGAAACCAUCUCAACUGGAACUGAAACUACGCCUGAGAUCUUAUCCAGGAUUUCUCUGGAGAUAACGCUUGGACUGUUGUCGGCGCUUAGAGGCGAUCUUUACAGUACUUGCCAAUAUUGGCUGCAGGCUCUGUCUCACUGCAGCAAACACUGCCUGUUUGUCUUGCAGCGGGAGCUCUGCUGUAUGUUACUGCCACACGGAACUCAAUCUUUGGAAAAUCUUCUCGGUUUAAGCCAUGAACUACGCAGUGUGGACGACUCUGAUGAGUCCAAGAAAGAAGAAAGUUUCACGCAGUUCUUUCUGCAUUUCCACGCGUUUUAUUGCAAGGCUCUAAUGAUUGAAAUAUGGUAUAGAUGCCCUAAUAUAUUGAGAAUUUUUAAACCUCAUCAAGACGUAUCUGUUGAGGUUAAAAUGGAAAGCGAGACAAGCAGUUCUAUCUGCGAGAGUUCGGCCAAUCUGGAGGACGAGUUGUCGCCGAAAACUGAGCUAAACAAGUUCGGAAAUGCUGUGGCAAUUUCCGACUAUAGUGGUGAUGAGAAAGUUGGAAAAGAAAUUCCCGAAGUAGGAGUAGAUCUGGUUGCUGUCGAUGAAGACAUUAGAAGCAAAGUUGACACAAAAGAACCAUUCUCGUCCAGAAAGCGUAAUCUUGUUGAGAAACAAGACUUGAAAUCGACAUUGCAGAAGGUCAAAGAGGUUUUGCUUUCAGAUCAUCAGGCGAAAGUAAGUAAUCUGAGGGAUCUUCUCACUGAGAUCAGAAAGGCAAUGUUGCUGAAGAGGUCAAAGCAAUUCUUCCAGAUGAACUCAGCUGGCAGCAAAUUGAACCAAAAGAAAAAGAAAGCGAAAGCUCAACCUGCUCACGAGGCUCAGCCGCUGGGCUUUUCUCCAAGUUCCAGUGAAGGGGAUCCAACAGGCGAGGCAGCUAGCAAGAAAAGUUCAAGUGAACCUGUAGAAAGUACUCAAACUGAGUCAAGAGAAGAUGAAGGUGCUGCUCCUACUGGGCAUUCUGGAUCGCAGGUGGAAGUGGCUGGAAUGGAUGCCAAAGACACACUUUUGGGCAAUGAGGGAGAGAAACAGGGCGAGGGCAGUAAUGACCGUGCAACCCUUGGAGGGCUUUCUGCUGAACUAAGGACAGUCCCAGCGACUGAGACAGACACUAAGGAUUUGACGACGGUGGACGGAAAACUUCCAAUCGAUUUGAGAUACGUGGUAAUUGAAACCAGCUUGGAAUCACUAACGGAGGAAGAAGAACGAGUCCUAGGGGAAAUUGAGCAGCUUGAGUUUAAGAAUCUUCCCUUUCCGUCGCCGUUGGAGUCUGCUUUGACAAUGGUAAACCUUUGCGCACGCCCAGAUGGUCUUCCUGUACGUGCCCCUGACCUUCGUACACUGGGGAUGAAUGUUUUGCUCUGGGCGCAGCGUUAUGCUCAAACCUCCACUGAUCUUAAAGGUGUAAAGACGCUGAAUCGGAUAUAUGACUCAAGGAAGGAAGUGUAAGGGCAAUUUACACAUCUUUGACAUCCCUGCUCUGUUGUUUUGAAGUGCUGAUAAGAAGCAAUAAAGCGUUGAAUUCAAGA